AUGCUACUGGCAGAUCCUAUUAUGUUAGAGAAGAUUGACAAACUGUUUGCCUGCAAUGUGGGGGAGCAUGUGGACCCCUCACAACUGGUAGUUGUGGGGGAUCAAUCAAGUGGAAAAAGUUCGGUUUUGGAGGGCCUACCCAAGCUCAAAUUCCCUCGCAGCAGUGGCCUCUGUAUUCGGUUCGCGACCCAAAUUAUCUUUCGAAGAAACCCCAACUUGAAAGCUCGCAAGGUGUCUGGAUCGAUUAUCUCAAAAGGCCACGAGCAUGGAGUGGAAAUUUCACCUUGGGCGAUGUCCGAUAUCGAUGCCUUGAGCGAGAAGGAGUUUGAAAAAAUGAUGUUCCAAGUCCAUGUGGUGAUGGGGCUCUCUAGUUCCACCGGAGAUAACCUUCCAAGCUUUUCUGCUGACGUUCUACGGUUGGAAAUUAACGGACCUCACGAGGAACAUCUAAGUGUCAUUGACGUCCCUGGCAUUUUCAAGACCACCACCCCGGGGCUGACUUCCAAGCCAGACAUCGCUCUGGUACGGAAUAUGGUACUUGGAUACAUGAAAAAUACUCGGUCGAUCAUGCUUGCCGUCGUCCCAGCAAACGUGGAUGUUGCAACACAGGAGAUUAUUGAGAUGGCCAGAGAGCUGGACCCGGACGGAAUCCGGACACUACGAAUCCUCACCAAGCCAGACCUUGUCGAUGAAGGCACCGAAGACAAGAUAAUUGAAUUGGUCCAAGGAAAGCAAGAAUCCGAAGAGCUGGGCUGGGUUGUGGUGAGAAAUCUUGGACAAAAGGACUUUCAGGACACAUCUAAGGAUCGUGACAUCGAGGAAGAGGGGUUUUUCCAGUCCACUCCCUGGAACCGCCUUUCAAAAGAGAACUGUGAUGUUCAAGCUCUUACCGCGCGAUUGCAAGCACUUUUGAUUUCGACUGUGCAGCGGGAUUUCCCGUCUGUGCGGCUUGAAGUUUCCAGACGUCUUAAGAAAUGCGAAAAGGCUCUUGAAAGCCUGGGAGAGGAACGUGAAUCCUCCGAAAAGCAACGCAAAUAUUUGCUGACAAGUGUUUCGAAAUUCCAGCGAAUCACCGAAAACGCCCUGACCACAAACUACGGAACGCAGGAUGUUUUUGAAGAACAGCCCCUGCUACGACUGGCAACAUUGGUAGCGAAUCGCAACGCAGACCUGUCGGACGAUUUCGCAACCAGUGGUCAUGUUUACAAUUUUAAUUCACACGCCCAUGACGACGAUUUGGAAAACAAAAAUCCAACAGUGACAACAGCUUCGGGGACCGCAACAACAGUGACUUCGAAGACCAGUUCUCAGAUUCCUACCGCCUUAAUGGCCGACGACCGGGGCCGUGACAUCCCAAGCAGAAGGGUGAACACUUGCACUGAGAUUGGACAUAUUUUACACCAAGGUGCCCCAAUUCAAAACCCAAAGGCACAAGGGAUCCUGUCCUGGAACGAGCGACUCUACCAGGAGUCUCGCGGAUUCGAAAUCGGGACAUUCAACGCAUCAAUCCUAUCUAGCGUGCUGAGGAAACAAUCUGCCAAGUGGCCACUAAUCGCCGAGGGCUAUAUCUGUGACAUUGUUUCCAUUGUUCACUCAUUCACAAGCAAGGCAUUGGAGAUUUCUUGUGGAGAUCCCAAAGUCGCUCAGAACAUUAUGUCAUCUCUGAUGGAUGAUCUUUUCCAGAGAUACCGAAAGGCUAUCUCGAUGACAGAGUUUCUCCUGGUAAUUGAGCGGGAAAGAACACCAAUGACGAUGAAUCAUUACUUGAACAGCAACCUGCGCAAAUGUAACAAUAAAGCGACCAUUCAGGAUAUCCACGACAUUCUGAAGUCUUACUACAAAGUCGCGCGAAAGAGAUUCAUCGAUAACUUGUGCAUGCAAGCGACAGACUACCACCUAGUCACUGGACCGGCAGCGCCAAUGAAGCUGUUCUCGCCCUCUUGGGUUUACAACCUCUCGCCAGAACAACUCGAACAAAUCGCCGGGCAGAAAGUUUCAAUCCGCGCAAAGCGUUGCCGGUUGCAGAAGCAAAUCAAGGGUCUUGAGAUUGGCAGGAAGAUUUUGCUACACUGA